AUGCCUUCACCAACAGAGCCUGCCCUUCAGUUCGACUCCAUUGAAGAUACAAUCCAAGCGUUCAAGAAUGGGGAAUUCAUUGUUGCACUUGAUUCGCAAGAUCGCGAAAACGAGGGCGACCUCAUAAUUGCCGCAGACUCCAUUACAGAUGCCCAAAUGGCUUUCUUGGUCCGCUACACAAGCGGUUUAAUUUGCGCACCUGUUUCUCCCGAAAUCGCUACCCGACUCCAGCUUCCUCAGAUGGUGGUCGAAAACGCCGACCCCAAGGGAACGGCCUACACAAUCUCAGUCGACGCCAACCAUCCCUCUAUUACAACCGGUAUCUCAGCACAGGACCGCUCUCUCGCCUGCCGAAUUCUUGCGUCUCCUAGCGCCCGUCCCGAAGACCUGCGCAGACCUGGCCAUAUCAUUCCCUUGCAAGCGAAGGCCGGGGGUGUGCGCCAAAGGAAAGGACACACCGAGGCUGCUGUUGAGCUGUGUCGUUUGGCUGGCAAGGCACCUGCAGCUGUCAUUGCUGAACUAGUCGAGGACGGGGACGUGGUUGAAGGCGUCGCGGAGAUCUCUGGUAGCAAUGGCAUGAUGAGACGCGAUGGAUGUCUAAAGUUUGGCCGCAAAUGGGGUCUUAAGGUCUGCACUAUCGAAGAUCUCGUAGAGUAUGUCGAGCGGACGGAGGGAUCUUCCUCGACUGUUACGAAUGGCAAGCAUUGA